AUGAGCAAGCGGUCGCUCGAGGAGUCGCGGGGUGCCCAGGAGCCCGAUAACAAUGGCCUGGUGCCCAUCCACGACCUGCUCUCGCCCGGCGAGGAGCAGCCGGGCCAGCCGUCGGGCCCAUCCAAAAAGCCCAGGAACUUCAUUGCCACGGUGGCCUGCGAGAACUGUCGCGUGAAGAAGACCAGAUGCGACGAGUCACGGCCCAGGUGUGGGCUGUGCAAGUCCCUCGGUCUCGAGUGUGUCUACAAUGAGCGCAAAUCAUCCAAACGAGAUCAGUCUCUCACGAUGAUCAUGAGCACUCUUCAUCGACUGGAGACCAAGCUGGAGAGUAUGCCCACUUCUAUUGUCAAGGACCUGCAGUCCCUUCGUCGGGCUGUCGAUGGGCCGCAGCAGCCGCAGACACAGCCGUCGCCGGCCGUCGGCGUGGGUGGUAGCGCGCUCACCUCCAUGCCCACCUCAGCGGGGGAGACCCUGACCCCGGGGGCACAGGUUCACGAUCACGAUGACUUUGACUUUGAAGAAAACCAAACGGCCACCGAUUCUGCCGACCGGGUCUCCAUCUCAUUCAGCCAGCACGGAGUCAUUCUCUGGCCCGGCGCACGGCGGAUUCUUCCCGAGCAGCUCCUCGCCACCCAUGAGAUGCUGGGCAAGAACUAUGUGAUUGAACUGGAGUCGACGCGACCUCCACUGCCCAUGUUCACCGGCUCAUUUCCACUGCAGGCGGGCGACCACUGGCUGGAGGCGCUGCCUCUGGCCAUGAUCAAGGGUCUCGCGGAUGCCUUCUUCAGCGUUUUCAAUCCAUUUACUCCUAUUAUGGACAAGGCCUUUUUCUUUUCCUUUACGCUUGGCUCGGCCAUUGAAAGUGGCUUUGGAUAUACCGUGGAGAGCUGCCUGGUCCUCAAUGUCCUGGCGCUGGGCUGUCUCGCUGUCCUCGCUCACCAGGAAGGUAACUAUCCUUUACCGGGGACGCAGAGCCACCGUUUUGAGCCUCCAGAGUGGAUGAACGUGGUCUUUGGGGAGCAGCCCGGACUGCGUUUUUUCAAUGAGGCCCGCCGGCGUAUCGGGUUCCUGAUGUGUGACAACGACAUCCAGAGCUGCCAGUUUUAUCUGCUGUCUUCUGUAUACUACAACCAGAUUCUCCGACCCAUGGACUCAUGGGCUAUGAUCCACCGCGCGGCCACCUGCUGCCUCUCAAUGCUAACCAAUCACGAUGUCAACUUUGACGAAUGGGAAGGCGACAUGAAGUCCCGGGUGUACUGGAACUGCCUGAUGAAUGAAACCAUCCUCGUCCAAGAGCUGCAUCUGCCGCCGAGCGGGCUCUCGCGGCUCGAAGAACGGGUCCCGAUCCCCAAGUUCAUUAGCUUCGAAACUACCGGCUAUGUGUCGACCCCGUUUGCCUCGUCAAGCGUGGUCGACGACUCGUAUUUCCAGUAUCAUUUCCUGGCGCAAGUGGCACACCGAAUCAUCCUGACGCGGAUCCGCCAUUCUCUCUACUUCUACUCCGACUCAGGAACCUUCCCUCUUCCCGCCGUCAACGCUGAGCUCCAUCACCAACUAGAGCAAUGGCGCACCAACCUCCCCCCAACCAUUCAAUUCAGCAUCAGCUCUUCACCUCUACCGUCCAAUUCACACACGACGCCCGCCGAGCAGUCGGGCUCCUCAAUCCACCCCUCACCCUCCCCUGCAGCAACAACAACACUCCCCAACAACCCGAUCUCCCCCCGACCAACCGACUCCACAAAUCGACCCCUCUCCCCCGCAACAGCCAUCACCGACGCCAUGCUCCGCGGCCGGUACCAGAUCGCCCGAUUCCACAUCGGGCGUCCGUACCUGUACAAGGCGCUACGCAUCCCCGGCUCCUUGACAGACGAGGACUUUGAGCAGAUCAAGAGCGGGCUGCUGAAUGCCAUGGACUGGCCCGUGACGCAGGGCAUCUUUCGGAAGAUGAAGAGUUGUAUUCCGAUUAAGUUUGCGUUUUGUUCGCAAUUCUUCGGCCAAAUCCUUCUCUUCUAUUGCAUCGCUCAUUCCCCCACCCUCCGUCUCCGUGAAACCCUCCCCUCGGGCUGGGAGCGCUGGAACGAAGAGAUGCUUCGCUUUCUGGAGGAGUGCGCGCCGCAUAGUCCGGCUGUGACGCAAGAUCUGGGGCUUUUGCGUUCGCUGUGGCCUGAGUCCGAGUCCGAGCCCGAGUGA